AUGGGAGAAGCCGAAGUCUUCACCGCCUCCAGUUGUGGCGCUAACGGGGCUAGUGCUCGGAUGAAUCUCUCCGAAUCUCCGGCGCUUGACCCUUUUAGCUCAACACCGGGAGUAGUGAACAACACGGAGCGCAAUGACGACGGCCACAAUCGCCAACCUCAUCUGGCCUCUUCGUCUGUGGCUUCAGCUCCUGCCUCUGCCUCUGUAUCUGCAGCGGUCGCUUUUCCAACACUCGACUUUUCUUCUUUCUCCGAUUUCACCCCAUUGAUUCCACCCGACCGGAAGAUCAAGAGUGAACCCGUUUUUCCAGUCCGCAACACCAACGCGUCCACACCCCCGUCUGCUUCCAAGCCAGCCUUUGUCCGUGGACAUCGUCGUCGUUCCACCCACGUUACUCGGCGCGACCUCGACAAAUUUCGCAAAGAGGUUCUUGGCGUAGAGAGCCCAGGUUUCGGAUUCGACGACGAUCCCAAGCCCCCCGCAUCGACCAAUCCCGCCCGCGACCCUCAGUUUGAAACCUUGAACCGUGCUUUCGAAGCGGCAAGCAUGUCCUUGAACAACGCUGGGGGCAUGGCUGGCAACAAUCCCGGUGCGAACAUGUACGCCGGUUACGUGGAUAACACCGGAGGUGGCCCAAUCAUGCCCAAUGUCCCUCGUCAGUCUAUGUCGCCCGCCAUGCCACAUACCCCUAGUCAGGUUAACGGCGCCGGAAUGCCUGGGAUGAACGGCGGUAUGCCCAUCAAUGCGGGACAGCAGAUGGAUCUUCAUCAUCUCUACGACAUGGUCCUCGAACUGAGCGAGGUGUUGAAGAACAACCGUGAGACUACGAAGAGUAUUGUCAGCAGUGCGGAGGAGAUCAUGAAACGCUCUUCUGCUGAAGGAGUCAGCCCGAGCAUCCAGCAAGUGAAUGGCGAACUUUCAGCUGCCCGCAUUGCAGAGCUUGAGCGCGCUCUCGCGAAAGAGAAACGUCUCGUUGAGAUCCUUCGGAACGAGCAGGUGGAGAACACGAAGCUGAUUGGGGAAUACGAGGCGGCCGUGGGUGUUAUGGUGGAACAGAUUCGCAACUACUGCCAGAACAACAACCUUCACUAUCUCGCGCAGAAACGUCACUACAACAACCUUCUCCAAGCUGAGCGAGACUCCCACCUGGAAAGUCGACUGGAUCGGGACUACUGGCAUGCACAGACCAUGAAGUGCGCCGAAAUGAUCCGCACCGCUUAUCGCCUGCGCUGCGAGGAAGAGGAAACUCCGAUUCGCAUCGUAGCUGGUCUCCAGAACGAAGUGCGUGCCUACCGCAACGCCCUCGGCAUGGAGCCCGAGAAGCCCGAGGAGGAAUACGGAUGGGAGAUCCUGAAAGACGUCCCCGGCGGUUCCGAGUGAAGUAACAUGGCAGCUUCCGUACCCUGGCGGUAUGCUUGCGCGAUGACGAUGACGAUGACGACUUGGUUAUCGGCUUUUUUUUUUUCUAAGCACAUGACAUUACAUAUGGCGUUCUGGAGGAGCACGUGUUACUUACGGGAUUGUUUUCGGGGAAAGAUACCCAUCUUCGCAUGAUUUGUAUCACUGUCUUCUGCUGGUUAUGGGGGGGAUAUUAUGUACUUCAUUGGACAUUCGCAUCGGAUCUCUCGCCCAGCUUCAAGAUCUGAGAUUUGUAUUCAAAACAGCU